AUGGGGCUUUGUUCACACCUGAGUUCCGCUCCACCAUCUUCAUCUUUUUCCAUGCACACAUUUAUUCUUCUCUGGUGCUUUGGCUUGUUCCUCACCUCUGUGGUUGGCGGGAAUAAUGAGACAGACCGGUUGGCAUUGCUCGACUUCAAAGCCAAGAUUAGUAAAGAUCCUCUCGGGGUCAUGAGCUCUUGGAAUGAUAGCAUCCAUUUUUGCCAAUGGAAAGGUGUUUCCUGUGGUCGUCGACAUCAAAGGGUCACUGCGUUGGAUCUGCACUCUCAAAAACUGGUAGGCUCUAUAUCCCCAAACGUUGGAAAUUUAAGUUUUUUGUGGAAGCUAAACCUUGAAAACAAUAGCUUUUAUAAUGAAAUUCCUCCAGAAAUUGGCCGUUUGCACAGACUAGAAAUCUUGCUAUUGAACAAUAACACAAUAGGUGGAACAAUUCCUACCAAUUUAUCCAGUUGUGCCAAACUUAGAGUGUUUCAUGCGGCUGUUAAUAAUCUGGUUGGAGAAAUCCCCACAGAGCUUGGCACCUUGUCAAAGCUCCGAUUCUUUGCUAUUCAUAAAAAUAGUUUGACAGGAAUUAUCCCACCUUCUUUUGGAAACCUAUCAUCUCUAGAAGGUUUUUGUGCAGCUUAUAAUAACCUGGGUGGGAGUAUCCCUGAUUCUUUUGGCCAAUUGACCAAACUUAAAGUCUUUGCUGUGGGUUCAAAUAGGUUGUCUGGUACAAUUCCUCCGUCAUUCUUCAAUAUCUCUUCAAUAACAAAGAUUGAUGUAGGAGUUAACCAAAUCCAAGGGCAUCUUCCAUCGGACAUAGGUAUUACUCUACCAAAUUUAGAAAUAUUUUCCAUCAGCAACAACCAGUUUAUUGGAUCUAUCCCUAUUUCAAUUUCUAGUGCCUCGAAUUUGCAUAUUCUAAAUUUGGCCGAGAAUAAACUAACUGGAGAAGUUCCUUCUUUAGAUAAGCUAAAUGAAGUGAGGUUGUUUUCCAUUGCUGAAAACCAGCUUGGAAAUGGAGGAGCAAAUGACUUGAGUUUUCUCUGUUCUUUGUCAAAUGCUACCAACCUAAGAGAUUUGGAGAUAAAUACCAACAACUUUGGGGGGGAGUUGCCUACAUGUAUUGGCAACAUCUCAACUAGUCUUACAUUUUUCUAUUUGAAUAAUAAUAAAAUAUCUGGAAAUAUUCCUAGUGUUAUAGGGAAUCUGAUCAAUCUGGAGGAUAUAGAAAUGUGGAACAAUAAAUUUUCAGGUAACAUCCCCUUUAUACUUGGAAACCUUCAUAAAUUACAAUUUUUGGAUUUGUCUCAAAACAAUUUCAUUGGGAACAUUCCAUCCUCUCUUGGAAAUUUAACAAAUUUGUUGGAGUUGUAUUUAGGAGACAAUAAUCUUCAGGGAAGCAUCCCUUCAAGUCUAAGUCAGUGCCAAAAUUUGAUAACUUUUCAUCUUCCCCAUAACAAUCUUAGCGGUAUCAUAUCCUCGCAAGUUAUUGGUCUCUCAUUUUCACUAAAUAGCCUUGACUUGUCUGGCAACCAAUUCACUGGUGUCCUUCCCAGGGAAAUAGGAAAUUUGAAAAAUUUAGAACAUUUGGAUAUUUCUGAAAAUAUGUUGAAAAAAAGGAGAGAAAAUACCUCAAGUGAUUCAAUAAAUUUAUUUUUGAAUGUAUCUUACCAAUGUCUCCUAAAUGCUACUAAUAGAUUUUCUUUUGAUAAUCUAAUUGGUGUGGGUAGUUUUGGGUCAGUGUAUAAAGGAACUCUUGAUCAAUAUAGACAUGCAGUUGCUAUCAAGGUGUUGAACCUUGGGCGCCAUGGAGCUUCCAAAAGUUUCAAAGUCGAGUGUGAGGUUCUAAGAAACAUCAGACAUCGAAAUCUUGUACAGUUGCUCACAGCAUGUUCGAGCAUUGACAAUCAAGGUCAUGAUUUUAAGGCUUUGGUAUACGAGUUCUUGGGAAAUGGCAACCUAGAUGAGUGGUUACAUCCAACUCCAAGAACAAAUGAUGCUCUUGAGAAACCAAGAAAGUUGAGUUUUCUUCAAAGAUUGAAUAUCGCUAUUGAUGUUGCUAGUGCAUUGGAAUAUCUUCAUUAUCAUUGUGAAACACCAAUUGUUCAUUGUGACCUCAAGCCUAGCAAUGUUCUUCUCGAUGAUGAAAUGGUUGGACAUGUAAGUGAUUUCGGCUUGGCAAGAUUCCUUCAUGAUAUUAUCCAAGAUUCUUCUACUAAUCAAAUAAGCUCCAUUGGGGUUAGAGGAACGAUUGGUUAUACUCCUCCAGAAUAUGGAAUGGGAAAUGAGGUGUCAAUAUAUGGUGACGUUUAUAGUUACGGUAUAUUAUUAUUAGAGAUUUUCACUGGAAAAAGACCAACAGAUAACAUGUUCCACGAUAGCUUAAGUCUUCGUGACUUUGUCAAAGAAACUUUGCCGGAACAAAUAAUUGACAUUAUAGAUCCUGCUGUUCUCGGGGAAAGACAAAAGGGAGAAAGAAGGAUGAAUGACACUUGUAAUGGGAAUCGAAAUGGAAGUUCCAAAGUUCAUGAAUGCUUAAUUUUGAUACUUGGAAUUGGAGUUGCUUGUUCCACUGAAAUUUCGAGAGAAAGGAUGAAUAUCAGUGCUGUUGUAGCUGAUUUGCUUUCAAUUCGGCAAAACUUUCUUAGAACCCGUAUAUACACUACUCAGACAGAGUACAAGCAACAGAUGUGCCGGUCUCAAUCUUUCAAUGCUCCACCAUAUUUUGAUGGAAGCAAUUAUGCCUUUUGGAAAGUCCGGAUGAGGGCAUUCUUGUGUUCAAUUGAUGAAAGUGUAUGGGAUGCGGUUGAUGUUGGAUGGACUAGGCCGGAGGCUACCAAAUCCAUAUGGGAUAAGGCAGCCCUCGCGGCGGCUAAUGCAAAUAGCAAGGCACUAAAUGCUAUUUUUUGUGGUGUAUCUCCAGAUGAGUUUCACAGGAUAUCUCACGUCACAAUUACUAAGGAGGUGUGA